CGCAGGGCAGCGGCGUGACGGCCAGCGCUGCGCCGCCAUAGUGUGGGGGAAGUUGCCAUGGCAAUGGCGCGACCUGGACCCCUCCGAGAGUCCCCGACCCUCCUCAGGGGAGGGACCCACCCGGGGAGGGACGCCCCGCCCCGUCGAUCCCCCUUGACUCACCGCGAGCGGGACCCACUAUGGCCCGACCCCACCCCCGACCGCCCCGGUCGCGGGACCGACCCAGUCCCACCCGCCAAUCCUCCCUCGGCGCCACGCCCCGCUGCCCCCACUCGCGACACACCCUUGGGGACCCCCUGCUACAACCCCGCUUUGGGCUCCCUCUCUCACUCCGACCCCUUCCUGUGGGGUCUCCCCCGUGACACCUUUUGGGAGCUGGUCCGCCCCUUUCCUCUGCCCCUCUUUAUUGCCCCCCCCACCUCCCACCCCGGGGCCGGUACUGGCCCUCCCCGUGGUGUCUGGGAAUUGAGGGGGAUACUGGAAAUGGGGCACUGGGAUUGGGGGUAUACUGGAAAUGAAGGGCACUGGGAAUGGGUGUGGGGACACAGGAGAAGGGGUACGCCAAACACUGGUGGGGGGACGCACUGGGAAUUAUAGGGGGACACUAGGGACAGGUGGGGGGUUCACUGGGGACACGGGGGACAAUGGGAAUAAGUCUGGGAACCCUGGGAAUGGGUGGGGGCCACACUGGGAAUGGGUUGUGGGGACACUGGGAGUGGGAGGUCAUAUGGAGUCACCACUCUUCCUACAGAUCCCGGGACACAGUCCUAACCCUGCCCAUUGUCCCCAGAACCCUCUGGGGCUCCUUCCCGAGUCCUGGACUUUGCUCCUUGCCCCCUGGCAACGUGACCAGAGGAAAAUUCCAUCCUGAGGAGGGAAGAGAGAGGAGCUGGGGAAGCCUGGUUGAGGAGACCCUGAUCCCAGGAAAAGCUUCUCCUGGGAGCACCUAAUUCUGGGAUUACCUGGUCCCAGGAUCACCUAAUCCCAGGAGAACCAGGUCCUGGCAGCACCUGAUCUUGGAAAAUUCCAGCUGGCAGAGGUGAGAGGAGAGAACUAUGUCAUUCCAGAAGAACAUCAUUCUGGAAUCACUUUAUCCCAGGAGAAUUUCAUCCUGAGAGAGCCUUAUUCCAGGAGUGCCUCAUCCCAGGGGGAAGCUCAGCUGGGGAUCACCUUAUCCCAGGAGAUCCUUAUCCCACAAUCACCUCAUUCUGGGACCACCUCAUCCCAGGAGAUCCUCGUCCCGGGACCACUUUACCCAGGAUUAUCUCCUUCCAGGAAAAGCCCAUCUUGGGAUCCCUCAUCCUGCUAGCUGCUGCCAAUCCCAGGGUCCCUCUUGCUGUAUUUUGGAGUCUCACCGUGUUCUCCUGCCAUGGCUGAGCCCUCUGGGGCUGGAGACAGCACCCCAUUGGAAUGUCCUGGCCUGGACACGGCCGCUGGGGAGGAAUUCCUGCAGGAAGUGUUCCAGAUCCUGCUGCAGGAGGGCGUGCGGAAGAGCACAGAUGUGACACAGAAGGUGUGUGACUGGAAGGAGCCGCAGGAGCUGCGGGAGCUGCUGGAUCUGGAGCUGCGGAGUGACGGGGAGGGGCAGGAGCGGCUCCUGCAGCGCUGCCGGGACGUGCUGCGCUUCAGCGUCCGCACUGGUCACCCCCGGUUCUUCAACCAGCUUUUCUCGGGGCUUGACCACCAUGCCCUGGCUGGCCGGUUCCUCACCGAGACCCUCAACACGAGCCCGUACACAUACGAAGUGGCCCCAGUGCUGGUGCUGAUGGAGGAGCAGGUCCUGGCCAAACUCCGGGAGCUCGUGGGGUGGAGCAGCGGCGAUGGGAUCUUCGCUCCCGGGGGCUCUAUGUCCAACAUGUUGGCCAUGAACGUGGCGCGAUUCCGGCGUUUCCCGGAGAGCCGGAGCAGAGGGAACUGGGACCUGCCUCGCCUGGGCCUGUUUGCAUCUCAGGAGAGCCAUUACUCCAUCCUAAAAGGAGCUGCACUCCUGGGAAUUGGCACGGACAAUGUUCACCUGGUGCGGACAGACCAGAGGGGGAAGAUGAUCCCGGAAGAGCUGGAGAAGGAGAUCCAGAGGGUGAAAGCUGAGGGCUCGGAGCCUCUCUUUGUGUGUGCCACGAGUGGCACCACUGUCCUGGGCGCCUUCGACCCGUUGGACGCCAUCGCCGACGUCUGUGCCCGCCACGGGCUGUGGCUGCAUGUGGACGCAGCGUGGGGGGGCAGCGCCCUCCUGUCCCCCCGACUCCGUCAUCUCCUUGCCGGCAUCCACAGAGCCGACUCGGUGACCUGGAACCCCCACAAGUUGUUGAUGGUGGGGCUGCAGUGCUCAGCAUUCCUGCUCCGUGACAGCUCCGGGCUCCUGCAACGCUGCCAUGGCGUGGGGGCCUCGUACCUAUUCCAGCGGGACAAGUUCUAUGAUGUGUCCCUGGACACAGGGGACAAAAGCCCCCAGUGCGGCCGCCGCGCCGACGGCCUCAAGCUCUGGAUCCUCUGGAAAGCCGUGGGGACGCGGGGACUGGCACAGCGCGUGGAGCGGGCGUUCAGUGCCACUCGGUAUCUGUUGGAGCAGAUGAAGAGGAGGGAGGGAUUCCAGCUGGUGAUGGAGCCAGAAUUUAUCAACCUCUGCUUCUGGUUCAUCCCACCCAGCCUGCGGGGCCAGGAGAACUCCCCGGAAUUCUGGGAGAAAUUGGGAAAGGUGGCCCCAACCAUCAAGGAAAAGAUGAUCCGGAGGGGCUCCAUGAUGGUGGGAUACCAACCCCAAGGAUCCCACGUCAACUUCUUCCGGCAGAUUAUCACCAAUCCUGCUGUCACCCGCCAGGACCUGGACUUCUUCCUGGAUGAGAUACAGGAAUUGGGAUGGGAUCUGUGAGCACUCCCAAAAGCCCCUGUGAAAGACCCCAAAACCUUCCCCCCAUCCCUGAGGAAGAGGAGCAGAGCCUUGAUUUCUUCAACACAUCCCAAAAUUGGAAAUGACCCAAAAAUUCCACACUUAUGGAAUAAAACAGCAUUUAAUGGU